AUGUCGAUGCCCAUCAGCGAGAAGUCUACGAACCCAUCUAUCCGGCAAUGUUUUGUGGCUAUGGCUUUAUUUGCUUCUCAAGAUCCAACGUUCAUCGAGCCUCCAGACUUCAUCGCUGAGCAAUUGUCUAUUUCAGCAGAUGUGUUCUGUCAAGCAUCGACCCACCCAUCUCCCUUCCGAAAUCAGAUUGCAGCAAAACAAAACACCCCAGACGAAAACAUAGGAUCCCAAAGUAUUCUUUUUGAGGCUGAUAACAGCCUUGCGACGACUUUGGUCAACUGCAAACGCCUGAUUCAUGGAUCAAAGCACAAAGCUGUUUACGAAGUCACCUGGGACGGCCAGCCAGCAAUAGCCAAAUGCUGGUCUCCCUCAUACUACCAAAGCUACGCACACGAAGCCAUGACUUACGAAAAUAUUUACGCGAAGAGACCUCAAGGCUAUAGCUUUUUUGCAAUGAUGCUAACCCACGGGACCAUCUCUUGCUCUUCACUGUUUCCGAAGGGAAAUAUACUUAUAAUGACAAAAGUACCGGGCAAGACUCUUAACGAACUUUGGGAUACUAUUUCUGGGCUUGAGAAGGAACAUAUCCGCUCCGAAAUCCUUAAAGCUGUUCUUAUACUCAGAAGCUUCUCAGUUUUGUCCGUUGAUACUGGCAAGCAUAAUAUUCUCUACCACCCGGAAACACAUUCAGUCACCAUGAUUGAUUUUGAAAUUAUGCAAGCUUGCGAAGACACUCUGAGCCCCGACAUGCCAGAGAUGUACACUAUCUUCGGCGAAAUGCCUGUUCCCACCCAAGUUCACCAUUACGGCGGUUAG